GAGAGAGAGAGAGAGAGAUUAAAACUACAACGUCAAUAAUCCUAUGCGCACGUACACGUCAUAAACACGCGCCGAGCUGUGCAAGUGCAAAUUUUAAAAGGCUCCAUUAUGGCUCUGACAGGAGUGCGUGUAAUUGAGCUGGCAGGACUAGCCCCUGCACCGUUUUGCGGGAUGAUGCUUGCGGACUUCGGCGCAAGGGUGAUCCGGGUAGAUCGAACAAAGGUGGCAAUGACUGUAGAUACUCAAGCAAGAGGCAAACAAUCAGUGGCCUUGAAUCUGAAGAGUCCCAAAGCUGUCGCUGUUUUGAAAAGACUGUGUGUCCAGUCAGAUGUGGUUCUGGAGCCCUAUCGUAAAGGUGUUAUGGAGAAGAUGGGAUUAGGUCCUGAAGACUUGCUAAAAGAAAAUCCGCGCCUGAUCUACGCUCGACUCACCGGCUAUGGUCAGAGCGGAUCCUACGCCAGGGCUGCUGGGCAUGAUAUCAACUACCUGGCCAUGUCAGGGUUACUGUCCAUGCUGGGCCGUAGCUCAGAGAAACCAUACGCUCCACUGAAUUUAGUGGCAGACUUUGCUGGAGGAGGUCUCAUGUGUGCAUUUGGGAUCGUGUUGGCUCUCCUGGAGAGGAGCAGGUCAGGACAAGGCCAGAUCAUUGAUGCCAGCAUGGUGGAAGGUGCAGCAUAUGUCGGCUCCUUCAUGUGGAAGUCCCGUAGCCUCGGCCUGUGGAAUCGUCCUCGCGGGGAAAACAUGCUGGAUAGCGGCGCUCCGUUCUAUGAUACGUACCGUACUUCUGACGGAAAAUAUGUGGCAGUGGGGGCUAUUGAACCUCAGUUCUAUGAAGAGCUUGUUCGGGGUUUGGGUUUGGACGAUGCUGACCUGCCCUCACAAAUGAGUGUAUCUGAUUGGCCGCAGCUCAGGCAGACGUUCACCCGGGUGUUUGCCACCAAAACGCAGGCCGAGUGGGGUCGGAUCUUCGAUGGGACUGAUGCAUGUGUCACCCCUGUGCUGUCACUGGAUGAGGUACUUUCUCACCCCCACAACCAGGCAAGGGGAUCAUUCUUUAAGGACUCUCAGGGGGAAAUUAGCCCGCGGCCUGCACCUGUUCUGUCCCGCUCCCCUGCGGAGGCCUGCCGCUCCCGUGACCCUUUUAUUGGAGAGCACACUCGCGCUGUGCUGAAGGAGUACGGGUUUGAGCAAGCGCAAAUAGAACAGCUCCUGUCUGCCGGAAUCAUAGAGUGUAACGAAGCUAAAGCACGCCUAUAAAACAAAGAGUCUGACUGGAGAAUCAUUAGACUUUGUGGCCAAUGAUGCAGCGCCGGAAUCUGAGCACUUGAACUCCGUUUCUGUCUCAUUGAGUGAGUGUGAGGGAGCUUUUCAGAACAAAAUGACCCUUUCCCUUGUGAAUCACUGGGUACUUCAGUCGAGGUGGACUGAAUGAUUCUGGGUUUUUAAGUUGAAAUGUCCAACACAUUCAACUCUCAUUUGUAAUUGCUGCAGGGAAAGUCAAGUGGGAUUUAAUUAAAGUCUCUUGCAAAUAUUCUGUAAUAACCUCAGCAUCCCUCUUUUUGUCAGCAUCCACAUCUGUAAUAUGUCUUUUAAAAAAGGAUAUUCAAUGUUGACUUAUUUUUUUAAGACUGUUUAAAAUAUUAACUCAAGUACUGGUGAGGGCAUUUUAAUUGCAGUUGAUUAAAGUCUACUACUUUUG